AUGAAAGUGUCACGAACGCUAGCCGUUGUAGGUUCCCUAGUUUUCAUACUAAGCAUUAUACUCACAUACAACUGGAUGACAAAUCGUAGACCUUUCAGUGCGAUAGCUAAAAAACAUAUUAACACGAAAAUUCAGACGAAGAAAGCACACCCUCUUCCAAAAAAACACAUUCUGAGCAAGGCAAAAAAGCUUAAGAAAUCUGUGAAACAUCCAAAGUUGAAAAAACGUUCGAAGCCGGUGGCCCAUCAACCUAAAUUAAAGCCAAAAAAGCAGAAUAGAGUUCCAGCAAUUCCGCUGCUCGAUAUUUUUAAGGCAAAAAAUCAGCCAAGGCGAGGGCAAACUAUAUUCUUUCAUGAAACCACGAAUUUUCAGAAGGACGAGAAGGUCCGCCUGAUUCAAUUGACGGCCCGCGAGGCGUGUGCCAUUGAGUCGGCCGCCCUUCAUAAUCCACGCCUCACUGUAUUUGUGCUGUUCGCUGGUGCCACUCAUCGGAAAUCUAGUAAUGAUUCGCUGGUAAAGGCUUUAAGUAAAUACAAGAAUAUAAGACUAAGACAUCUGAAUGUGUGGAGCUAUGCAGCCGGCACUCCCAUCGAAAAAUGGCUGAAAAAUGGAAAACUAUUUAAAUCGAAAUUUCUAUUUCCGCACGUCUCCGAUCUUCUACGCUAUGUUACCCUAUAUAAAUAUGGUGGCUUGUAUCUGGACCUCGAUGUCGUGGUUCAACGAAGUCUGGAGAAGAUGCCACCAAAUUUCACGGGGGCUGAGAGUAAUAAAAACCUGGCCUGCGGUGUCAUGAAAAUGUCCUCCACCGGUUUGGGCCAUAAGAUUGCCACCUUGUGUCUGCUGGAUCUGCAAGCCAACUACGAUGCCAAUAAAUGGGGCAGCAAUGGACCCGGGGUCAUAACCAGAGUGGCUAAAAGUCUGUGCAACACCGAUAGCAUUCAGGCAAUGAUUAACAACCCAAAACGCUGCAAGGGUUUUAAGGUCUACGAUGCAAAAGCCUUUUAUAGCAUUCCCUGGUUGCAGUGGAAAGAUUUCUUUCAACCCAUCAGACUCAAUGUAACCAUGAAAAGAAUUUCCAAUUCCUCUGUGGUUCAUUUUUGGAACAAGUUCUCACGAGGAUGGAAACUGAAGACAAAGGACAUAUGUGUUUACACCAAGUUGGCCAAAACCCACUGCCCAAAGUCGUUUGCAGCAGCGGGAACUUUUUUUUAAUUCUUGGUUUUAUCUAGUUUAAAAUUAGGUGCUGCUGUACAAAAUGUAAUCAAAUAUU